AGCUCAGUGACGUUUGGCGAGUCGAUGUGAGAUGUACGGGUCGCUCGAAAUCCGGAAAUCGGAGCAAACAAUGUGAAAAACGACUCGAAAAUUACAGCUCGGUUCGGGGGACAGUGAGCAAGAUGGACUGGGUGAUCUCGGACGAGCUGUCCCUGACCGUGGGCACGGUUGUAGGGUGGAUUAGCGCCGGAGCAAUGAUUAUCGGCGGGGUCAUCCCUUACAUACCCCAGUAUAGACAGAUCAGGAAGACCAAGGAUGCGGAAGGGUUCUCCCUGCUCGUCUGUCUGGCGCUGCUCAUUGCAAACACACUCAGAAUCAUGUUUUGGUUCGGCAAGCACUUCGAGUACCCGUUGCUGAUCCAGAGCAUCAUCAUGAACGUCAUGAUGUUCUUGAUGAUCCACCUGUGCGUCAGGGUUCGGCACCGGAAUCAGGUGUUGCAAGCCAGGCAAAGGAUUUUCACAGCAAAACCACAUGAAGUAAAGCAGCUGCUAAAUUCUAAGCCAACUCGUUGUUCCCGCAGUAUUUGUGACUUCGACGCGAAGUUCUUCUGGAACUGGUCAGACUUCCAAUCGUACGUAGACUGCAUGUUGGUGUUCACGAUAUGUGCUUCUCUCCUGAUGUACAUUUUCAUCGAGUACAUCUAUUUCGUGGAGGUGGUCGGUUUUCUGGCCGUUUUCACAGAAGCCAUGCUCGGAACGCCGCAGCUUUUCAAAAAUUAUCGGAACAAGAGCACGGAGGGAAUGAGUUUGAGUAUGGUGAUACUUUGGACAUGCGGCGACAUAUUCAAGACCACCUAUUUCAUCGUUCGAGAGGCUCCAAUACAAUUUUGGGUGUGCGGAAGCAUCCAGGUUACUGUAGAUAUUCUUAUAUUACUUCAGAAGCCCGUAGGUCAACGACUGGUCCACACCGGGUCGAUUGAGUGGUUAUCGUCUGGACGCACGACGAGCAGCCGGCAACCAAGAAGGCCGACUUGCACUGCUGCCAACUGGUAACUACCGCUACCACCGACGAGACGUCCACCAUUUUGUCAGAAAGUGCCGUCACAGCUGUCACCGCCUGCGCAGUGGCGCCCAUCUCCAACAAUAUCGUUUCUACUGUUGAUGAUGUAUCCGUUACACCGCCGCCCAGUGGUUGUCUAGAUUCGUCGUCUACUCCCAACUGCCUUGAGGUGGUGAGCGCCGAAGUCCAUGCAGAUGCCGAUUCUGAAGACGCAGGUGAAAAUCAACCGUUAUCUUCCAAGGUGGCAGCCGCGAAUGGCCUUGUACCUCACCACAGACGACACAGGGUCUCAUGCAGACGAAUGGUUGUGGGGGAGAAUGGCGAUUGCAGAGUCAGCAUGCUUGUACAUAGGCAUACAUUAUGACGAACGCUUUCAAGGGGCUGGACCUAGGAGGAUAAGGCGUGGACAGUAUGAUAGUAGUGAUGGUGGUAAAGGUGGUUAUAGUGGUGGUAGUUGGUGGAUCGAGCGUGGGUUUUUGGUGUGUGAAGGUUAUGAUAAUGUGAAGAGAAAUACAUCUAUUCACCGAUUUUGGUAUCACUUUCAUACCUCCAUAUCUCCUGUAUUAGAGUAUUUUUUAAGCCCACAGACAUAGUUUUUCAGUUUAAUCUUGUCGCCUAGAAAAUAUUGCCACUACGUAUGAGCAUUCUACAACUAUACUUGUCUCUGUUAGCAUAACAAAAAAAUUAAAGAACAUUGCUGGUUCAAUGGAAUGAGUGGCUGUUUUCUCAUUACUUCAUAUCAAUUACAUGAUCCAAAAAUAUGAUACAUCAACAUAUGUACUAUGAACUGACGGGAUAUUUCCUGAAUUUCAUCAAAAUCCAAGCAGGAAAAUAUGCAUAUUGUUACGCAUUUUUUGAAUUUCCGUUUCCCACCAAAAACCCAGCGCUCACUGCAUGUAAUCGAGCUUCCAAGGACGAAUUUUUCGGAAAUCGAGUGACCAAGUCGGCCCUUAGUUGACAGUGACGUGGUUCGAGGCAUAUUCAAAAGUUUCAUUACCCCCGGUGAGUACCAAAAUUAUGGUAGAAUCCAUUGAGUAACGUUUACUCAGUUUAAAUGUGUAUAUAGUUAUAUUUUUAAAUAAUUUUUAGGUUAGCUAUGGGGUUAUAUUAAUGAAACAUUUGAUCUUGUGUCGCUUUGUCACUACUGGGUAGUUUCUGUUGCGUUGUGAGACUUUGUGGACUCAGAGCUAGCAGGCUAUUGGGUUAUCUACCACCGCAAAAUGUAACAUUUCCCAAAAAUGUGUCAAUAAUUUUGCCUUUACUUUUAUAAACAAUAAAUGAUUUAUCUAUGCCACCAAACAACUUUCAUCUCCUGUUUAUCGAUUAUAGUUAGGCAUGUUUAAAUAGUACAAACAUUUAAGUGACUGUUCUUUCAUAUUCAUAAAUUUCAUUUCUUAUCUUCCCUUUACAAAUUUUCCCAGCUUAAUUGUUAGAAUCAUUUUGCUGAAAACAUUCACUAAAUUCAUGAUAACCCUCGUAUAGAUUUGCUGGCUCUGGAUCUGCUGAAACUUUUAGUUAGUUCGUGAAUGCGUUUAGACGAUACGUCGGAAGAUUUAACGAUCAGGACUUCCAUUUUGUAAAGUUGUUUUCGUUAAUUUGUAAGCACAAAAUUUGUUGAUGUUAUCGAGAAGAUUUAUAAAAGUAGGAGACAAUCUCCAGAGGUAAACGUGUAAGGAGUUGUCUUUACGGCUAUGUAUCACAUAGUUUACGUUGUUUCAAUGGAUGAACUACCAGACGCUUUGUGGAGCAAAGUAAUUCGACUUAUGACAUUUUUACGUAUUCGUUGAUAGGACGGCUACAAGAACAAUUCAGUAAAAUUGUAUAAGUAGAUGUGUGAAGGAAAGGUUGAGACUAGCAUCAAAUUUGUCUAGUCUCCUUAGUAAAAAAGCCUCAAGUCGAAAAAAUUGACUUAUAAUCUAUUAUACCAUCAUUUAUCAUUCAUAAAAAUCAAAUUCCUAAAAAAAAAACAAAUGGGCAAAUCUUAGACUAUUUGUCCAUAUGAGGUUUGUGUCAAAGCACAGCAUUGCCAGAUGGAUCGGACAGAAUUUAUCCUACUUUAAGAAACCCUCAAAUCACAAUUAAUUAAUGGAAAGUGGUAGGUUUGGUUCAAAACACAUCCUUAAGUAAAAAUCCCCAAAAUUUAGAGAAAAUACCCCAACAUGGCAACCCUGUCAAAGCACCACUGGUCAUGCUUCUGGUUUUUGCAGCACGAACAGUGUUGCCGUAGUUUCUCCUGGUAUAUGGGCUUCAUGAUACUGCACCAGAGGUGACGCUCACAGACAUAUUAUCAAUUUUUACGGACUAUAGCUCAAACCUUUCAAUGGAUUUCGACAUUUGAGGCAUCUGGAGCGGAGUGUUCAGUGUCCCGUCCGGCCUACUGCUGUCGGGUGUUUUGUCUUGUUACGCAAUAAACAUGCGUGUUAAUCUUUUUAACACACUUCAUUUGGCUGCUUGAUUUACUUUUGCAAGGGAAAUUGCUGCUAGAUUAAUCAAUUCUAAGCUUCAAUUUUUGAAUUUCAUAAUUGCUAUGAUAAUACUAAAAAUCUGGGAACGUCUGCUAUAUUGGGCAAGGGUAAUAAUCACACGUCCUUCAGGAUUUUUAACCACUCAAGGGCGAUCGUGUUUGAAAUAUAUUUUUUGUAUUUCUAUGGAUAACAAAUAUACGUACUUCUACUUCCACUUCACAAUUAUGAAAUGAUUAAGUUCCAUAUUACUUUCUACAUAGCAUUUGGUAAUUGAUCUGAAUGUUGUCUAAUAAACCAAUCUGUAUCAUUGAGGCAAAAAGGCUCGUGCAUAAUCUUAGAUAUGUAUGCUUAUUUAUUCCAGAAAAAUAUUCCUUAAUUAUAUUCCCCCAAAGAACGCCAGAUGAACUAUGUUUAUAUAGGUAGGUUGAAGGUAUUAUUUUGGCCUUCAUGAGAUUUCCAAUUUCAAAAAUACAGAAUAUAGCAACAUUGAUUGGUGUGUUGAAUUAAAUGUCUUUUAUUGACCACAUGAGGGUAAAUAAUUCAGAGCUCUAAUGCAAGAAUCCGUUGAUGUAUAUGUAACCUAAUUUUCAGCAAUUUUAAGAAAUCGGAUUAAUUCGGAAAUUUGCACAGGAGUCAAAAAAACCAAAUUUUAAAAUAAAAAAAAAAUUAAUUUUGAGAUUUAGAAAAAAAUUAGAUCAAUGAAUUUGAAAAAUAACUGGAAAAUUCGAAAAUUUGAAAACUAAUUCGAAGAUUUGGAAACUUUGAAAAAAUUAGCAGAACAAUUUGGGAAUUUUAAACAAAAAAUUAUACAAAAUGGAAAAGUUACAUAAACAUGAAUGAAAAUAUACCAGAAAUCGAAGCUCUUGAUUUUGAGUACCUUUGUUGUCGUUUUGAGACGGAACAUUCAGAAAAUAAAUUGUUUUAAAAAAGUAACAAAAAACACGCUUUAAUAGCAAAUUGGAGUAAACAGAAGAAAAUAUAUUGAUCAAGUAUAGGAGAGUUUGUGUUACUGCAAUAGAAAGUCCAACGAUCAAGUAUGACUAACCAAUUUUGAAUGAGAUCAAUGUAAAAAUUAAAAUAUUAACAAAAAAUAUCAAUUAUAAUAAAAAAGCGUGGUGUCCAAAUACCUAUAUUUUCAUAGAUAACUAAAGUUUUGUAAAUAGUAAUUAAAAAAAAUUAAUCUAACAUAUCAAGCAUUCCACGCUUUUUACAAUAAUUGAUUUUUUGUAUCUUAUAUUUUGUAUUGAUCUUUUUCCAAAUUGAUAUUAGUCAUACUUGAUUGUUGGACUUUCUAUUGCUCACAAACUCUUCUAUACGUAUACUUGAAAAAUCGUUUUCUACUUUUUACUUCGAUUUGCUAUUAAAGCAUGUUAUUUACGUAGAAUUUUGGAUCUAACGCGUUCUUGCAUUGGAGGGUUCAUUUAUAGGUUUAAAGAAAUACACAUACAUGAACAUGUUUACAGUUAGCAGGGAAAUUCCAUGCAAGGGAAAAUACUAUCUCCGAAGAAUUAGAAAUAAGCUUCACUUUUAAAUUGCACUCUAGACCAAAAAUAAAUGAAUGCACCGAUUUCGAAACAGCGUGAGACAAAAUGGAAUAGUUUAUGGUGAGAUAUAUUAGUUCAUUAUAUCGUGUAUGUAGAGUAAUAUUAAGUCAAAAAUAGAACCGCUGAGCGAACUCACAGUGACAUUUUUUGAAUAAAAUAUCCUUGUAUGCAAGUAGGCGAAAAAUUUGACGAUCGCCAUCUGUCAAUGAUUUACAAAGCUCAUUUCAUCCUCAACCCUUUAAGGUUGAAAAUGACAGAAAGGUUCCUUGUCCAUGACUCAAGGUUAAGUCAAAAUUUGUAAAGGAAACCCCUCAUUGUUAUACUGGAAAAGGAAAAAGUAAAAAAAUUACGACAGAAUGUGACCUCGACCUCAAAUAAUAUUUAAGGUUUACUUGACUUGACUGAAGUCAAGGUCACAUUCGGACGUAAAGUUUACUAAUUUUUCCAUAUCCAGUAUAAAGAUGAGAUGUUUUCUUUGGAAAUUUUCAUUUGAACUUCAAGGUCAUGGUCAAGGCCACGGUCAAGGUCACCUUUGGGUGAUCCGGCAAACCUCACAACUGGGCUGUCGAAAACAUAUUUGCUAUAGCAAACUGUUUGCGAUAUAUUGAUUUGACCUUCAAAUGACACUGGAGGCAGUCGUCGAGCCAAGGUGAUGUACGAAUGUGAAAUUUGCUCCUCUUUUCAGUUCUGAUAUGAAAAAGAAGCGGUUCUGUUUGAAAAUACCCGCUUAUACUUGAAAUGACCUGGACGGUCGUGGUCAACGUCAUUGUCAAGGCUACCAUCAAUUUGCGAUCGUGAAACCCUACAAGUUUUGUUCGAAACAAUUUGCUCCGUCAAAAAUGUUCGACAGAAACAAACCUCACAACCGCGCUGUCGAAAACAUUUUUGCUAUAGCAAAUCGUUUUCGAUGUCUCGAUCUGACCUUGAAAUAGCAUUGGCAGCAGUAGUCAAGGUGAUGUUCGGAUGCAAAAUUUGCUUCUCUCUUCUAUUCAGAUAUGAAAAAGGGGCGGUUGUAUUUGAAAAUACCCACUUAACCUUGAAAUGACAUUGGCAAUCCUAGUCACGGUCAGUGUUAUGUUUUGAACUUUUUUAUAGAAUGUCUAUUUUCUGCCAUUUUUAACAUUAUGAGUUGAGGUUGAAAUCAGCUUGGCGAAUCAUUGGUAGGUGGCGAUCGUCAUAUUUCUCACCUAUUUGCGCACAAAAUUUUGAAUUUUUCAGAAGACCACGCACCACACUGAUGAGUUGCCUAAAGAGCACGAAGCAGUGCUGUAUGCGGCUGGUCAUGGUUACAGAAACAUAAAGCAACUUCCAAUUCAACCUAAGAUAUCCUACUGUAGUUUUCAUCGGUAAACAUAUGAGUUCACAAUUUAUCAGUUUGUAUAUUUUUGGAACGUUUGUGGACUUUCUUUUUUCAUUUUUUUUAAAUACUUUGGUUUUUAAUUUUCUUCUUCGAUUCCUACCACAUUCCGUAAUUUUAGUGGACAGUAACUAACAGACAGAAUAUAGCCUGUAAAUUCAAUAUUCCUUCAUACAAAAUUACCAGUUGCCUCAAAAUGGUUUAACACAAAUCAUUUUAUUUCAGUUGGAUGUAUAAACACCAACCGAAAACAAUUAAAACGUGUUAUUUAGAAAUAUGUUAGGAUAUGGGUUAUGUUAACCAAUGUUCACACAUUGUUUUAGCUUUAUAUCAAUUUAGGUCGUACGUGUAAACAUAAUAAAUAUGAAAAUUGGUUUCAAUGGAUCUUCACAUCACUUAUAAAUCAAUAUAGGUACUUCUGUAUCUUCAGCGUAGGUACAAUCCAGUUUCUAGAGAUUUGUUCAUUGUAAGUGAAUAUAAUUUACGGCUUUGUCAUUGUGGGACACCCAGCUGAGUAUCAACAAAAAGAACAAAUUUUCAGCGUGAGUAAAACUGGACCAAGUACUCAGUUGACUUUUGAGGUUAUAUCUAUCAAAAAAAGUAAUGCCUUAUUAGGAUGAAUUCUAAUUUAGAAUAUUGCAGUGAGAUUAGUAGAUUUGCAACAAACAAUUUUGCUGAAAGCAUCUUUGACAACUACUAGACUUUUGUAAAAUUUCUUAUUUUGAGUUCUAUGCCAAAUAUGUUGGAAAUACGUUCAAAGCUCCGCGUUCUCUUCCAGUUUUAAGCUCCCUUUCUACUAUUGCAGCUAAUCGUAGAAAAUCUCAGUAGUUUUCAAUACUUGGUGCUUUGUCUGAUUACGUUAGAUUGAUAUUUCGCAGAAAUUAGUCGAUCAAAUAACGUUUCCUAGAUUUGCCAAAUAAAUCUCCAUACAAAAAAUUGUAUUAUCUGCAAGGGAAAGGAAUGCGGGCGGGAAAUAGCGAUGCUGUCGGUCAUUGUUGUAUGAAGUACAGUUCUUGAGCUAUAAUUUGGAUUAUGUGAGGUUUGUUAAUGUCAGUGGUAUCAAGAGGAUACCCUACCUGUUUCCUUUCUGCAUUUUUUCGCGGAUAAUAUUUAUCUAGAUUAUGUUUUUGCGUAUGGUGCUAUUUCGUUAUCACAAUGCUUCCUAUGUUGAUUAGUUUUAACAUAAAUGUUUAUGUAGAAUUCCUCACACACUGACCAGCGAAUAGGAGCGUUGCCAUUAUACAGGGUGUAACAAAUUUUGUACAUAAUGUGGAUAUAUGUAGCUGUUGAUAUGUUUUAGUGUCACUUCUGAAUAGAUAAGCUUCGAACAUACCUUGGAGUUGAUGUUGUUAUGCCCUGUACUUGUAAUUAUAGAUGUAACGAGGUGUAUAAUAUAUUUUUUGUAACAUCAGCAAUAAAUUUAUCUGUUGUGUCAUCAUUACCGAAUGUAACGAAGUGAAAGAAAGAACGAGUUGCAAUAAAAACAUGUUUUGUCGAAAUUGACGUAACACAUGCAUUUUCGCUGAAGCAUCUGCAUGGGCGCCAAAUAAAACCACGGAUGUAAAAUUGACGAUUUACUAUCACAGACGUAGAACUGAAGUCAUUUCAGGCAAUGUGGUUUUUUAAUAAAUUAAUUUGUGUAUAAUAAAAAAUACUUUUUAGCUGUACUAGGCCGUGAAGGUUAAAACUGCCCUGUUGCGACUCAAACAGGAAACAAGAAAAGUUAAUUAUUCCCAUUUUAAUACAUAUGUACUUUUACAUAGAUUGUUCUGUUCAAAGAUGGUAUCCAGCAUUUCUUUUAAUGUGUUAUACAACUUUGAUCAGGGAACAUGUAAAUAAAAAAGCAGUAAAUAUUUUCGACAAAAACCUAAUUAUUUUAUUAAUUAUGUUAAAUCCUUUGUAAUAGGCAGCAUGAUAUUAUGUUUAACCACCAAUAAGGAGCUUGGGAUGAAAAUCAUAGUGUAUAUUUAUACCAGCCAUGUUUGUGGUGUUUUUCGUUCCCAAGCAUCACUGUAGUCACAAUUCAACACUGUUGGAGCUGCGUCAUAAGAAUAUCCUUCAACUAUGAAUUUUAAUAUUAUCCACAACAAAAAUUAACAUUCUAGCUUCAAUUGCUCAUAAAAAAAGUAUAGGCAGAAUUUAGGGGUAACUCAUCAUAAUCUAUUUGGCAUUUUUUUUUGUGGGAAUAAUGAAUUCUAUAAAUAAAAUACCUUGUUGGGAUGAUUUAUUAAAGUUUUGAUUGAUUGUUUUGAAUGGUUCAUUGUGUUUUAGUUUCUAUGAGCCAACUCUAACAGUUUUGGAAUCCUGUGCUUUUUCGCUGUGAUUAUUCUUUUAAAUAAUUACUAUAUGUGUUACUAGUCAGGUUGUAUUGAUUUUUAUUUGUAUCUGUCAAUUAUAUACAUCCGCUGUUGGAAGUUGGGUUAAUGGACAGUAAGUAGUCGCAGAGGCAGCCUUUUAAUAUUCCUUUAACUCAACCGUUAUGGAGAAAUAAUUCUGCAUCAGUUGUUGAAUAUUACUGUCCAGAAAUUCCCGCCAUUCCUGUAUAAAUGUCAUUCGGAUCAAUGAAACAUUAAACUGUACCUAAUAACUUUAUGAGUUCGUUGUGUGAUAUGUUCUAAUGAUGUGGAUAUUUAUUUUUUAGACGGUUGACGCAGGUGCUUUAAUAAAUUUAGUUGUUUAUA